CUUGGUCAACCUGGAAUGCUUGGCUUCCGGAAUCCACCCUGAAACGUCGCUGCUCCGUAGCAUUUCUUUGAAUACACCAUUAUUUAAUUAGAGGGAAACGGAAAGAAUGGGAAUACAAGGGGGGAGGGAGAGCCUAUUUUUUUCCUUCAAGUUCUCGCACUUCGCAAAAAUGUCCGGGACUUGGCUGCUGCUACUUCAAUUAUUAUCCCUCACCUUGGUUUCACACUUGUUUCAUACUUCCCUCGGUGAUGUCGGCACGGCGGCCCAGUAUUCUCCCCCGUAUUUACCCACGGCAUGUUACGGAAGCGACCCAUCUCCGUUCCCGUCGAGCAAUUUGUUCGGGGUGGCCGGCGACGGGAUAUGGGACAAUGGCGCGUCGUGUGGGAGACAGUACUUGGUGAGGUGCAUCAGCGCUUCAAAACAGGGCGCUUGUAUAAGAGACCAGACAAUCCAGAUUAAGAUUAUUGAUUAUGUCGGCUCAGCGCCUUCUUUGCCGACGGCUAAUGACACCACCAUGGUUUUGUCCAAGACUGCUUACGAGACCAUAGCAAAUCCAGCCAUUGCUGAUCAAUUCAUCAAUAUAGAAUUCCUACUGGUAUGAGUUGGGAAGUGGCAUUGGCUUGAAUCCUGCCUCAACUAGAAGAACAAGGCAGACAAAGAAUGAGGAAGAAGAAAUAUAUCUACAUGUACAUGCAUGUGACUUGUGUAAUUUUGAUUGGUCAGUGACUGAUUGAUUGGUGGCUUAUUAUUUAUAAGGAAUUUUUAUUUAUUUAUUUCAAUAACGCGUAUAUAAAUA